UAAUAAGCAAAUGUACAAAACAAAAAUAAUAUUUAAAUAAAUUAAUGGUAUACUAUGUGGUUUCAAGGGGGAGGGGGAAGGAGGGGGUGAAAAAAGAGAUGAUUUUUGAUGGAUUCUGUAUAAAUAAUGGAAGGAGGGGGAAUAAGAAAAUGAGGAGGGAAUGAGAGGAAGAGGGGAAUGAGAGGAAGAGAGAGAAGAGAGGAAGAGGUCAACAGAAAUUUCUGGAAAUUUCUUGGAGCGGAUGCUUUGAUAGAUCGUGGGCCACUAAAGGUACUUCCAGUAGAUUGGGGUUACACCUAGAGUCGACAGAAAUUUCUAAAAAAAAUUUCUUGGAGCGGAUGCUGUGAUAGAUCGUAAACUAAAGGUCCUUCCAGUAGGUUGGGGACACCCAGAGUCAACAGAUUUUUCUAAAAAAAUCCUCGGAGUAGAUGCAGUGAUAGAUCAUCGGGGUAUCUCUAAUCAUCGAAUAAAUACUUAUUUAAAGAAAAUGUUGAACUUAAUCAAAAAAUAAUGCAACAAAUAUCAAAACAAUUUCGACCUCAUUAUUUAUUUUCAAAACCAGUUUCGGCUGUAAUCAAUGAAAAUAAAAUGGAAUGCGCGCAAAGCGCGCCAGCUGUGAGAAAUGGGAAAAUGAGGAAAGGACAAAUAAAUACUCAUUAUUCUUAUUGUUCUGUGGAAAGGUAGAAGCUGAGGAAAGGAGGGGGAUUUUUGCUAGCUACCUAAAGCUUUAAAUUGUAUAAAGAGAAGGAAAGCCUAUACCUGGUGCUUUUUGUUAUUUUUCUUUUACUGAAAAAUAUUUUAAAAGUAGAAGCAAAAAUAAGAGGAAAUUUUUAGGAUUUAAAAAGGCCAAAGAAAUGAUUAGGUUACUCCUCCCAAUUAAUGUUAACUUUGUUUCCAAAAUAACUCCUGUUUCUGUCCUAUCUUCUAGAAAUAUAGCAGAAAUGCUGCAAGCCGAUUUAAAAAAACGGAGGAUGAAAGAUGGAAU